GUUUACUCAAUUGCUAUAGAUUGCUAUAUAAUUUAAACAAUGUACUUUUCCUUUCUACAAAUAUUGUUGUUAUGUGUUUUUAUAAAAAUAAUUAAAGCAAGCUUAAGUGAGAAUGAUACGCGAAAUUUAUAUACGCACGAACAACACAAGAAGGAUUCAUUUUCGAAUCCAUAUUACAAUGAAAGAUAUUAUAUAUCGAAUCAUGUAAACAAAAAAAAAUAUAUUUCUCCAAAUCGCCAUAAAAGCAUGUUUAUACAUCAUAGAGAACCAUUUCCAAUUGGAUAUGAUAAGCAAGAUCCACGAGUUUUUAAGAAUCGAUAUUAUUUAGCACCCUUCAUUCAAAAGAGGUACCCUUCAGAUCAGGAUCCUCGGAAUCUUCAGGGACAUCCGCCACAGCGACUUACAUCUUUACAGGAAUUUCCUGUUCCAUUGUCGAAUGAGGAUCUUGACGAUAUAAAAUAUCCAUCACAAUUAGAAAGCAGUCACGAUUCACCCAUAUAUAAUAACAUCUUUCAUCCAGAAAGAUAUGCAAGUUAUAAAGGAGUGUAUAAGCAGGAUGGAGAGUCACAAGGAAUACAAAAUAUAAAUUCAGAAAACAAUGUACAAGAUUUCAAAACACAAUUUCAAAAUUAUGGUGCUCCGCAAACCCAAAAUGUGCAUUUGUUGCAAGACCGUGACAAACCGGAAUCUUACUUUAAUAAACAAGAAUUAAAAAUUAUGAAAAAUUUAUAUAAGGGAUUACAGCUACAAUAUCGAUCUGGAUCUCGACAGGAUAAGGCAGGACAAAAAAAUAUCCGCGAAAAAGCAUCCAAACUGAUCCUCCAGUGGGCGGAAAAUCAGCGCAAUUUAUUAGAUUCCUUCGUGAAUGCGAUCACCGAAGUAUUGAAAGACUCUGAUUAUAGUCUCCAUACAGAAAGAAAUAUCCCUCCCCGCGACAUUAUACUUUUAAAGAAUAUGCUUCUGCAGUUAUUUAAAUCAAUAACACAACUGAAAGAAGAUAGCACGAGCACACGUAUCAGAACAGUAUUGAGCCAGUGGAUAGAGACUCAAAAACCACUAAUUGAUUCCUUUUUCCAAGCUAUUCAAAUUACAAAUCAAAAUGUAGACAACAGUGCCAGUGUAAAUGAGGUCAUGGAGAAUUUGAUAAAAAACCUAAGGGAACUGAUGAUUCUGUUAAGCGAUAAGACAGAUUUCACAGCAACAGAGAUUAGUAGUUUCCAGCCAACUACUAUUACUUAUGCAACCACAACUUUCUAUCUAACAUCAAUCUCAUCUAAAACAACACAUCCUACUGUUAACGAAAGUACCAAUCGAAUUAAUAUUAUAGAGCAUUUUAUUAAGGGACUAAGGAAAAUGCUUUUUCAAAUCAUUGAUAAAGAAAAAUAUUCAAGUACUACUUAUAACAGAACAGAUAGCACCGAUACUCAUCCGACUACAACCUAUUAUUCGACAGCAGAGGGCACUACCUCCCAUUCAACUACCAAAACCUAUGAAGACAGAAAUCUAAUAAUCGACAAAAAGGACAGUAAAAUUAAAGACAUGUUUAGAUUGAUUAAAGGUCUAGAAGUGCUGAUCAGUCAACUAAAUAAGAAACCAAGUGAUAAAAGAACUACCAAUUUUCCUGGGGAGAUCACUAUUUUCCAGACAACGACUACAACUACCACUACAAUGACUACCUGUUCCCAAUCAACUCCAUUCAAUCUUCCUACAACAGAGAGUACACCUUCCUAUCCAACAACAAACGACUAUCAAGUCACAAAUCAAAAUAUUGGCCAUAAAUUUAAGAUUUUGGAAAAUUGGAUUAAAGAACUUAAUGGGCUGAUCAAUCAAUUAAGUGGCAAAACAAAUAUUAUAAGUACUACCGAUUCAACAGAAGACAGCAACAGUUCUCACCCAAACGACAGGACACAUUCCUCAACGGAAAGAUCUUUCCACCCAGUUACAGCCGACAGUUACAAGUCGACAUCAUCGACGACUACCUCCCAAUCAACUACUUCUAACCAUUCGCCAACAGAGAGCACCAGUUUUCUGCUUAGUAAAACGCAUUCUACAACAAAAAACACUACCUAUCUAACUGCAAGCACAUAUGAAUUUAAAGACCAAAAAAAUGAUGCUGAAACUAAAAUUCUAAAAAAUUUAAUUAGCAGACUUUUAGACCUGGUUGAUUUUCUAAAUAAUAAGCAUGAUAUAAAGAGUACACCCCAUUUAACUACAAAGAGCUCAUUUUAUAAUUCAGUUAACAACACUCCAACACAAACAACCACUAAUGUCCCACAAACUUUUUCAAAAACAGAGAGUAUGGCUAUUGAUUCAAAUUAUACGCAAAUAACAGAUACUUCUCAGUUAGCAGGAGAGAACAUUUCUUCUCAUUUUACUACAACAACCAAAGCAUCAAUUAUGAUCACUGAUUCCCAAUCUACUAUUUCUUACCCUUCAACAACAGAAAGCUCGUCUUCGCAAUUUAACGAUGGCGAAAAUAUAAGCAUGAGUACAAAGUUCACUGCAGAGAGCUCUCCAAUUAUAUUCAAUCCAACAACAAUGACCAACAACAACCAACCAACAACAGGAAACACGGCCUCCCAUGUUCAACCUUCAACAACGCCAUCAACAACAAAGGCUUCAACGACGACAAAAACCCUUAGUUCUUAUAAAGACAAAAUCAAAAGCAUUGUAGAACAUUUAAAAAUUUUACGUAAAAUUCUAAAAAAAACUAUAGCCGACAAGUCGGAUGGGAAACUUUCGCCACAACUUUUAUCUAGAGUAAGAGAGGUAUUAAAGCAAAUCGUCGCGGGCCAUAUUGAUUCAGGCAACGGCGAUUCAGCCGAGCUGGAAAUACUUCUUUCCACAACAGUUAAGCCCAGUGAAGAUAUUACCGAGUUGACGAUGGAAAAAUUCUUAAAGCUAUUAGAUGAUUUUGAAAGGAUGUACAACGUAUUGUUGGAUGGAAGUAUUCAGAAUACUACACAAUUCACAACACAAAACACAAUUUUUUCAACCAAACACAAUACACUUAUUUCUACAACACAAAGCCCAAAAACCACGUCACCAACACAGAACACCACUACUACCUUAACAACACCCACCGCAAAUAAUUCAGCAACAUCCCGUUCUUCUACCCCAUCUUUAAUAACUAAUUUGGGGAGUGAUGUAUCAAAUAAUCUCCAGCCAAUUGUAGACGCAAUUCAGCAAUUAAAGAUGGCUUUAUAUCAUGAUUUCUAUGCUUUUAAAAAAUCUCAAGAGGAAAGAAUGGAACAAAUUCAUAAACUUCUAAAUGGCAAACUAUUAAAUCGGCGGACCAAAACUAUUGCUAAGCCAAAAACAAUACGAAUCAAAGGUAUUCGGGAAAUUCACCAAAGAAACGGCGAAAUAAAAGAAGUGAAAAUGCACCACAACGCAGUAAAAUUGAAGAAAAUGUGGGAAAAAAAAAAUCCAACUCAUAUGAAAGGUAUCCCUAAAUCGAUUUUCAAUUCCGCAAGUCCGAGAAUAAAAAUGGUUCCACACAAACUAUCUGCAAUUAAUGUAAUCGGAGGAUCGAAACAUUUGCUUUCCAAACGUAAAACUACUAAAAAAGUACAUGCAAUACAUGAUAAUUUUCCGAAACCUUUAUCAAUAUGGCCACAUAAAGAAACAUAUUUUAAAAGAACAUCCCUUAAACCAGAAACGAAGACUAUCGAAUCUUAUAGAUUACCAAUUCUCGAUUUGUUUUGGGAAUGACAUAUCUUUUAAAGAAAAUGUGAAACUUUUACAGUACUUAGACUUUCUUUAUCCAAACUUUCUGGAUCGUAUAAUUCCCAAAGUACUAAAUAUACGGCAUAUGGAAAAAUCGACAUAGCUAAAUAGACUCAGUUUCUAAUCCUUAUCCAGAAUAUAUACACUUUAAAAUGCUAUAAACGCUGCAUUCUAAAUGUUACAUAUGGUUAUUAAUUAAGACUAUUUACCAAGAAAACCUUUUAACCCCUUUAAGCUUCAACACAUCGAAAAUAAUUAAAAUAAUCAAAAUAUUUCUAGAGAAACUAUUUCCCAAACCUGUAAGUGUACAGGUAUUUAUGAUCCUAAAUUUUACCAGAAUAUCAUCAAAUAGAGGAACUUUCGAGAAGUAGAAUUUGAAAAUAGGUUACACUUUUAAGUUUGUUACCAAAUAAAAAAAAAACCAAAAAUUGAGUGAAUUUUGUAAAAGUUUACAUGUUGUUUAAUUUUAAUAUAGAUCAUUUUUAUUUUCUUGUAAUGACUAACAUUUUAAAAAAUUACAAUUCAGUAUUUUGGAUAAAUUAUUUAUAAGCAUUAAGUUUGUUUUUAUUUUCGGCUUGUGUACUUUCUUCUUGCUUUUCAUCGUCUCCAUUUCACACAAUAUAAUUUGUUAAUUUGUUGUUUACAAUAAGGUUUAAUUUUUUUUGCAUGUUCAUUUUCUCAAUUUUUAUUUUAUUUUUUUCUGCUGCUGGUUUGAAUUUUUUCUUUAAUUUGCUUGUUUACUGCUUGCAUUUCUUGAGUUUGAAUGUAUGUAGUCAUUAAUGUAAAACUUUGUAGUUCUAUAAUACAUAUAUAUAUAUUUAAGUAUAUGUAUAGAUAUAUAUCUUUGAAUCACACAUACACACAUAGAAGAAAUGCAUAUAUGUGAGAGGCUGAUUGGUAUUGUAGUGUCAAAUAAGAAAGCGUUUGCAUAUAAAAUGAAGGCUCUAAUAUAAAUAAACGUAUUUUUACUAUUGAAAGUUAAAACUCAAAUAUGUAUUUAGAUAAGCGCCUUCUAUCGUUGAUAGCUAGAAAUGGCCGCAGUGAAAAGAAGGUAAACAAAUAUAAUAAA